ACUGACGUAGGCUUUGUAUAGCAGCUGCAUCACCCCAGGAGAUUACAAUGAGUGGAGGAGGGGAACAGCCAGAUAUUCUUAGUGCGGGAAUAUUGGUGAAAGAAAGAUGGAAAGUGUUAAGAAAGAUAGGAGGUGGAGGGUUUGGAGAAAUUUAUGAUGCACUUGACUUGCUUACCCGAGAGAACGUUGCAUUGAAGGUCGAGUCAGCUCAGCAGCCAAAGCAAGUUCUGAAAAUGGAAGUAGCUGUGUUGAAAAAAUUGCAAGGGAAAGAUCAUGUCUGUAAAUUUGUUGGCUGUGGAAGGAAUGACAGAUUUAACUAUGUUGUCAUGCAGUUGCAGGGUCGGAACUUGGCAGAUCUACGUCGAAGUCAGUCUAGAGGGACCUUCACAAUUGGUACUACCUUGCGACUUGGAAGGCAAAUUCUGGAGUCUAUUGAAAGCAUUCAUUCCGUUGGGUUUUUACACCGAGAUAUUAAACCAUCCAACUUUGCUAUGGGGCGUUUUCCUAGCACUUGGAGAAAGUGUUACAUGCUGGAUUUUGGCUUGGCACGUCAGUUUACAAAUUCAUGUGGGGAUGUCAGACCACCCCGGGCUGUUGCUGGUUUCAGAGGGACAGUGCGGUAUGCAUCAAUCAAUGCUCACAGGAACAGAAGCAUGGGAAGGACACAUAGGAACAUCUGGUCAUUGUUCGACUUGUUGGUGGAAUUUGUAGUAGGACAACUUCCCUGGAGAAAAAUCAAAGACAAGGAGCAAGUAGGCUCUAUAAAAGAACGGUAUGACCACCGGCUGAUGUUGAAGCACCUUCCUCAAGAAUUUAACAUGUUUCUAGAUCACAUUUCUGUUUUAGAUUAUUUUACCAAACCUGAUUAUCAGCUUCUCAUGUCCGUGUUCGACAACAGCAUGAAGACUUAUGGAGUGACAGAGAGUGAUCCCUUUGACUGGGAAAAGAGUGGAACUGAUGGCUCUCUAACUACCACCACCACUUCAACUACUCCUCAGCUGCAUACUCGACAGACCCCAGCUGCAAUAGGAAUUGCCAAUGCCACCCCAAUACCAGGAGACUUGUUGAGAGAAAACACAGAUGAAGUAUUUCCAGAUGAGCAGCUAAGUGAUGGUGAGAACGGUAUCCCUAUUGGAAUAUCUCCAGAGAAGUUACCAGAGUCUCCUGGACAUCAUCGCCCUCAGGAAAAGGAUGUAUGGGAGGAGAUGGAUGCAAACAGGAAUAAGAUACAACUGGGAAUCCAUAAAGCUGCUACAGAAGAGGAGAAUAGUCAUGGGCUAAUUAAUGGCAUGCUCAAUGCACCAAGCCUAGGUUCUCCAAUUCGAGUUCGUUCUGAGACCACACAACAAGACAGGGAUGUCCCCUUGGUUCGGAAGUUACGAUCAAUCCACAGUUUUGAACUGGAAAAACAUCUGACCUUGGAGUCAAAGCCAGACGCAGAUAAAUUUCUGGAAAUUUGCAUGGAGAAGAAGAAAAGAGAGUUGAAUGCUAGGAAAGAAUCUGCUGCUGCUUCUCAGAAAACCCCUUUGCCUGCAGUUACCUCCUGCAAUGAACAUGUUUGGCACUAUGAUGAAGAAUACCUUCCUGAAGGUUCCAAGCCUGCUUCUGGGUAUUCUCCAGAACAUGGAGAUGGUGGUGUUAGCAAUGGAUAUGUGGCUAUCAAUUUAAGUUCCUGUCAGCAGGAGGUUGACUCUAAGGAAUGGGUGAUAGUGGACAAAGAACGGGACUUGCAAGAUUUCAGGACUAAUGGAGUUUUAGGGCAUAAAACAACUGGGAGCCCCUCCGAUGAUGAACCUGAAGUGCUUCAAGUCCUUGAGGAGUCCCCACAAGAGGAUAAGUUUAGCGCUCAUGGCAAGAAUGCAGUUGAAGGGGCAGCACUGGAUCUAGCAGUUGAAUGUUGUGGUAUUGCAGCUUCUGAGCAAUUUACAAAUCAACUAGAACUCCCAGUUGGAACUGUUGGCCAGCUUCUUGCUGUCACACCCACAAGUCUAAUGGAGGCCCAAGCAGAAGGGGCUCUUACUCCUGUUACAAUUCCCAGACCAUCUAUGGCCUCCACACAGUCUGCUUCUGAGAGUUUUCAUUAUGGCCAGCAGCUAGAGAAGAAGGAUCGAGAUACCCGGCCUGUGGAGCAUACUAUUGAACUUUCUUCUCCUAAGGAGAAUUUAGCUGGCUUGGUGGUAGCAAAUGAUGUAUUAACUCUUAGUGGUAGUAGAACAGAUUUAGUACUCAAGUUAGACCAUAACUUACAGGAUAAGGAAGGAUAUAGUGGAGAAGGUGUUGGAACCCAAGAUCACAGCGAAAAGGAUCUUCUUGAUCAGUGUGUGAAGAAGCAAGGAGAGAAAGAACUCGUAAAUGUUGUUGAACAAGCAAAAAACAGUAAACUUCCUGAAACUUGUGAAGAUAGCGUUGAAGUACAAAGAACAGGAUCUGUUGCUCUAGGAAACACUGAGUCUGUGCUGGAUGAACUGCAGGCUGCUACAGAACCUGAAGAGCGAAGGCCAGUAACUUCUUGCAUAUUGCCAAAUCAUGAUGCAAAACAGGAGGUAUUGAAGCAGUCAGUAGGUGAAACAUCAGAUGUUUCUUUAUCAAGAAGUACCGACCCAUUUCUUCACAGACAAGAAAGCCAAGUGAUUCCAAUGCAAGAAAAUGGUUUCCAUUAUGAUGGUGAUAUCAGUCAUGCUGAAGAACUGCAAUGCCAAAAAGAAAACCUCACCAGUUUUUUAUGUCAAGAGGACAGAGGAGAGCAAAAUGUUCUAAGAAAUGGAGAAUUGUUCCACUGCGUUGCAGAGAAUGAGAGUUCUCAUCAGUCUAAGAAGGAAUUAGUUAGAACACCAUUUGUAGCUAGACAAAGUCGCAUUCCAGUUUUAGCACAAGAAAUAGACUCCUCAUCAGAGUCCUCUUCACCUGUUUCAGCAAAAGAGAAACUACUUCUAAAAAAGGCUCAUCAGACAGACUUGGUUAGACUACUUGUAGAAAAGAAACAACUGAAAUCUUUCUUUGGUGACCUUUCAAGUGCCUCUGACAAGUCACUGAAUGAAAAAGUAGCUACUGCUCCUUUACCACUUUCUGAAGAUGUUUUUUCCUCCUUUUCCAAGCUGACAUUGGACACUCAUUUGCGUACUCAAGUGGAGGAAAGUUUUUUGUCAUCAAGCAGUCCUCAGUCCAGAAAGAGCAAAAUUCCAAGACCUGUAUCUUGGACUACCACAGAUCAUGUUAGCAAUCCAAACUCAGCUCAGUUUUUUCCUCGCCCGCCACCAGGAAGACCCCCAACCAGGCCUGGAGUAGAAGCUAGGUUGCGCAGAUACAAAGUGCUAGGAAGCAGCAGCUCAGAUUCAGACCUGAUCUCUCGUCUGGCUCAAAUACUUCAGAAUGGAUCUCAAAAACCAAGGAGCUCUUCCCAGUGUAAGAGUCCAGGAUCUCCACAUAGCUCCAAAACACCACCCAAAAGCCCAGUCAUUCCCAGACGCAGUCCCAGUGCCUCUCCUAGGAGCUCUUCUUUGCCCCGUACUGCCAGUUCCUCACCAUCCCGGAGUGGGCGACCUCAUCAUGACCAGAGGAGUUCGUCUCCACAUCUUGGAAGGAGUAAAUCGCCUCCUAGUCUUUCAGGCUCUUCAUCAUCUAGGAGAUCCUGCCAACAAGAGCACUGCUACAACAAAUCUAGCAAGAAUGGUCUGAAAGGUUCUAGUGGCUCCUGCCACCACUCUUCUAACAUUAAAUCGCCCACAGGAAAGAACAAAUCAGCCAGUAAACUUAGCAGAUAGGAACUGAGUUUUGUCUGGUGUCA